GUCACCACCACACCCAUUCAUAUCCAUACUGACCAAUCGGCCCGACUCCUGGCUCCUGUUAGGCCACCAGGUCAACCUCCUCAGCACGGGCAAAGAAAAAAGAAUUCAAAGUCUAGCUGUUGAGAUAUUGGAACCAUUCAUGAAGUUUGUUUUUGCUGAACCACUGGACAGCCCACAGUAUCAACCAAUGAAAAUGUGCCUACAGAGGGAGCUACUAUGCGUAGCCAGCCAAUCAGAUGAUAGCAGAACUGUUGAACAAAUCUUGGGAUUUAUUGCCAAUAUUUUGCCUUGUCUACAGAUAAAAGACAAGAAUUCCUUAGGAAAUGCUGCUCAGUUUGUUAUGGGAGUUGUUGACGUAUGUCUUACCAGAAUUCUGAGAGAGGAUGCAAACUUCCAGAAAAUACUGACAUACCUGGUGGAUUUGUGCUGGGAGUUUCUCAGCCAUUCUCUUGAUGUCUCUAUAAUUAUGCAUUACCUAGUCAAGGCUGCAGAAAUGGCCCCCAUGGCUUUGUCUUCAGACAGCAACCUGAUCUCUAUGGGAAGUCUACUUUUGAAAACUGACAUAACAGAUGCUGUUGUUUUACUGACAGCAGUCAAGAAAAUUUUGGAAUCUGAUUCAAGAAACGUGAGCUUGGUAGCCAUUGCCUCCCUCAUUCUGCCGAUUCUACAGAUUCUGUCAGUGUCUAGCGCAGGGUCAAGGUCACGAGAAUUAAAAUCGGCCAUCUCUUUAUCUGGAGACGUCCUCAAAAUCAUUGAGGACAAACUGGUGAAAACACAACAGAGUGGAGCAAAACAGAAGACAUCUCAGUUUACCCCACACCUGACAUCCUUCACCUUUGUGAAUGAAAAUUUUUCAUUUCUGGCUCGAGUAUUGGAAAAGGAGGAGGAGGACUUUCCCCGACUGUGGCUCCAGAACUUGGUCAAUUCUGUCUCCAGACUGAAGCUUGUGCCAGUCCAGUUGUCCAUCACUGUAUCUGCUCUCUUUGUGUUGUCACCAGGGAAACCCUGGGCUGACCAAUCACUGAGGGCCUUACAAGCAAUCUCCAAGGCUGAUCAUAAACAGGCAUGCUACUUUUUACCCCUGUACAUCUACCAGCUGAACAAGUGCAUCCACCCAGAGUACAAGCUCAGUAUCAUGAAGGCUGUCCCUAGCGUAGCGCAACACAAGUUCAGUAUCCCUCCCGUCUUAAGGACCAUACAAACUUUUGGAUCCACUCCUCGUUUGAAGGCUCUGUCCAUACAGUUGCUGGUGGACCUCUGGAAGCUACAAGACAGGUGCUUCCCGUACCUUCUGAAGGCCAUCUCGGAGCCAGCGGAAGCCAUACUGACUAAGGAAGGGGUGGACGAAGUGAAGCUGGCAAAAGCCAAGGCCAUAAGGGAUGUCUGCCUACUCAGGGGAGAGCAGCAUGGCAGUGAUAUGUUGUCUCCCUUGUCAGAAUUACUGGAAAACUCCAUACAGGAAGUGGAUUCUCCUGUGGCCUCCCUUGCCUUAGAGGGGCUUUACUACUUGUGUAAAGAUGAAGUGAUUGACAUCCUUUCAGCGUGGUCUGUGUUAGGAGAAAAACUUACUCAUGAUUCCAGAUCGAUAGUUCAGGAGAAAAUCUGCAAGCUGUUCUCUUUAGUACCAGAACUGGAAGUGAAGACAGAGGAAUUUGAGAGGUUCCAUCAGUAUGCUGUGUCAGCCCUCUGGCUCUUUGUUCAGGGCAGUGACCCUGAUGUUAGCAGGGCUGCCUUCCAAGCUCUGUCAAAGUUUGACAUCAGAAGUUUUAGUCUUGCUCAAAUCGCAGACAAGGUAAAAGAGGACAUUGUUAGACAGGCUCAGGCCGUCAUUGACAGGGGAGAUAAUCCCGACCUGACAGUAGAGGAUGUCAUUAAGGAGGUCCCUGGUAUCUGUUACACACGGAUGCUGGGGAUAAUCUCACCAGAGGUGUAUGAAGGAUACAGUGAAUUUUUGAGUGAGCAUGUGGGGUCAGAGGUUAAGAACCUUGGGCGGGGUGUAUACCAUUCCUCCUCACGGCGGCUUGGCAUGAAUUCCACUCGCAGCAAGAUGGUGGAUUUCAUACCAACAUUUCUUCAGAAGCAGUAUGACACAUGUAAACAGCCAGGACUAAGGCCCGGGCUGGCAGCGGGACUUUUGUUUAGUUAUGAUCCUCCCCUGGAAGUUGGAAGAGACGGGAGACCCAGAAAACACUACACUAUUACCCACAGCAAAAACUUCCAGCACAUGUUUACCACACUGCUUCACGAGGUGACAAUCCAACCCUCCAACUGGCAGCAGUUGGUGCAGCUACCCCAAGCCUGGGUAGCCUUUGUAGACCGGCUGUUCUCGUCAGCUGUUGAGGGACGCAAGGCAGAGAUUGACCUUCAACUGAAAAAGGAUCAUAUCGGGGAGGAAGAGGCAUUGGAGAAACAGAAAGUAGCAUGGCUCUGGGUGAGAGACAAGUUAACUGAUUUGAUCAAAACAGCAUCUAGGGAAAGUCCUAGUGUUCAGGGAAAUGCAGUGCUGUCGUUGGGGUGUCUGGUGUUGGCCACACAGAAACAUUGGGUUGACCUUGACCAGGGGACUCAAGGUCAGCUUGAUGAGGUCAAGGAGUUUCAGCCUCAAUCUCACUGGGUUGCUGUUGUCAUGGAUACACUGAUGUCUUUGAUGGAUGUGACCUUUCAACCCAAAGGAAGCAUAUUGGGAAUCUGUCAACAGAGGUCGGUCAGUGACAGGAUGACUUGUAGUUUCCUUACCCAGGCCUCCUCAGUCUUGGCUCUGAGCCAGCUUACACCUGUUAUGAUCAGUCAAGAUGUGAGCAGGAUAUUUAUGAUUUUUGAGGCCCUGACAAAAUGGCUACCAGGACAGCCGGAGGCACCAGAGGCACCGGUCCUACAGCUGGCUUAUGGUUUGGGUCUGGGAUGUCUUCUGGGAAAGCUGUCAGAGGAACACUUCAUGGAAACUUGUGGAUCCAAA